GUAGUGUUGCUGUUGGACGCCAUCGGGGCAGAAGUGCUGAAACUGUCUCUCUCUUACACACGGACAUUAAUCUGCUUCUCUCCCCCAACGAGGUGAGCGGGUGGGAAAGGAAAGGGUCACCUGCACGACUGACAGACUCUCAGUUUCUUUAACUUCUCUUGAGUAAAACAGAAUGCAUUUGGACUUUGUAAUCCAACGUGGCAAACUGAUGUUGUGCAUCUUCAUAUUGUUUGACCACUUGCAAUUGGUCACCUGUUGUGACGAAGGACAGUAUUUUAUCCAUGGACAGUGCUGCCAAAAGUGCCAAGCGGGAAGUCGAGUGAUGGAGCAUUGCAAAGAGGGAUCUUACUCUAAAUGUAUAACAUGCACUCAAGGUGAAUACAUUUCGCAUCCCAGUGGGCUGGAGAAAUGUCUGAAGUGCGACACUUGUGAUUCAGGGAUGGGACUUAUCACUGCACAAGAAUGUUACAACAUCCAAAAUUCUAUUUGCCAUUGCAAAGAGGGUUAUUUCUGUGUGCAAAGAGAAGAGAGUGGAUGUAAGACAUGCAGAAAGCAUAGCCUGUGUCCUGUCGGUGAAAGAGUUAAACAAAAAGAAACAAUCUGGGAAGACGCUGUGUGUGAGAAGUGUCCUCAUGGAACAUAUUCAGAUACAGUUUCUACUGAACAGUGUAAGCCAUGGACUAAAUGUGAAGAAUUGAACAAACUUGAGGUUAGACCAGGAAACCCUUCCAUGGAUGCAGAGUGUAAAGAGAAGAUGAACAUAGCACUUAUAGUAUUGUCUAUUGUAAUACCUGUAGUGAUUGUAGUGAUUGGUGUUGGAAUUUUGUGGUGGAAGAGACGAGCUGUGAGAAAGUGUACAGAUGGGUAUUGGACUCACACGGAUGCUGCCCAGACCAUAAAAUAUUGUCAACCAAGUGACGCACAUGAGCCGCACAUGGCAGCGUCAGGAACUGAAGCAAAAGAUGUUGACAAAAUACAAUUAGGAAACAAUCAGGAAGAGGAGAAUGUGAUGUUGUCGAUAUCAAUCUCUAAUGAACGUCGUGAUUCAUGAAUUGGUAAUACAGGAACCAGUCAUAGGACUAAACCAGGAAAUAUUGAAGAAGGAGCAGCAAACACAUGAACUACAUGAUCACUCAUGAAGAGGGUUGGGUGUUCUUGGAUUGAAUUUUGUCAAACUUCAGACAAGCUCAGGGGAUUUGAAAACAAGUGUGUGGGGAUCUUACAACCCUGAAUCCUUUUAAACAGAAAACGAGAGAAACUUCCACAUUUCUUCUUAUAAUAAUAGUAAUAAAACUUUAAUUUGA